AUGUCGGCCCCUCCUCUACAAAUUAUUAAUGACAAACAGUUGAACGCUCGUUCACACAACAUCCAUACUCCUAUAAAGGCAAAGCGGGCUGUUGCUGAACUGCAUUUAGCUGAUAGGGCUGCCGCUGUUAGUGUAAAACCUAGUCAUCAUCAUAAUGAUGCCAAUAAUCGUCAGCCGCCGCAAAAGAAAAAGAAAGAAAAGCUUUCUUCUCUAUGUAAGACCCCACCUUCAUUGAUCAAAACGAGAGGACGAGAUUACCACAGAGGCCACUUUCUAGGUGAAGGAGGAUUUGCCAGAUGCUUUCAAAUGAAAGAUGAUAAGGGAAAAAUUUUUGCUGCUAAAACUGUUGCAAAACUGUCCAUUAAAUCCGAGAAAACUAGAAGAAAGUUAUUAUCUGAAAUUCAAAUCCACAAAUCAAUGAAACACCCAAAUAUCGUACAAUUUACGGACUGUUUCGAAGAUGACACUAACGUUUAUAUUCUUUUGGAGAUUUGUCCUAAUGGUUCUGUUAUGGAGUUAUUGAGACAAAGAAAGCAUUUGACAGAACCUGAAGUGAGGUUUUGUAUGAUUCAAAUUAUUGGUGCUAUAAGAUAUAUGCACAGCAGAAGAGUUAUUCACAGGGAUCUUAAACUUGGAAAUAUCUUUUUUGACAAGGAUAAUAAUUUAAAGAUUGGUGAUUUUGGUCUUGCCGCCGUCCUUGCAAAUGAUAAGGAACGUAAGUAUACGAUAUGUGGCACGCCAAAUUAUAUAGCGCCCGAGGUGUUGACAGGAAAACACACCGGUCAUUCAUAUGAGGUUGAUAUAUGGUCCAUUGGUGUUAUGCUUUAUGCGCUAUUGUUUGGCAAACCGCCUUUUCAAGCGAAAGAGGUGGAGACCAUUUAUGAAAGGAUAAAAUGUAGAGAUUUCAGCUUCCCUGCAGAUAAACCAGUUUCAUCGGAUGCAAAGAAUUUAAUCUCUCAUAUAUUGCAGUUGAAUCCUGCAGCCAGACCUUCAUUAUAUGAAAUAACAGACAGCGUUUGGUUUAGAAACACUUUUCCACCAAAAUUGCCUGCGAAUAUUUCCAAGGAAACUCCAAACUUUGACCAUUUGAGUUUCAAUGAAUCGUUAGUGAAUUUGAAACAUUGUAUGCUCAACUCUGGUCUCCUGAAAAGCACUCAACCUCAUUCUUCUGAUGGGAAUAAGAAUCCUAUCGAGUUUGUCAGAACUGAAUUGGAAGAAGAAAGAAAUAGAGCGGUUUUACCUCAAUCAUUAUCUCCAGGUGGAACGAAGAAUAAGUAUAAAGAGGUAAUUGAUCUGGACGGACACAGAAAAUUCAAUGAAAUGGCUCAUCAAAAUCGUCUGAAGAGAGCUGGCGAAAACUUAUUCUUUAAACCUGAACUCGUAGCAACCUCGACAAAUAUGAUCAAAUCAGAAAUGUCACUGAAAAUCUUAGCAAGUGAAUGUCACAUGACUUUACGUGGUAUUAAAAGCGCAGAGAUAGACAAAAGGCAAUCUAAUUAUCCUUCUCCUGAUGCUUCCAUUCAAGAUCCUAUUGUGGUUACUAAGUGGGUUGAUUACUCCAAUAAACACGGAUUCGCAUAUCAGUUAUCUACUGAUGAUAUUGGUGUUCUAUUUAACAACGGAACGACUGUUUUGAAGCUAGCAGAUGCAGAAGAAUUUUGGUAUAUUAAUUAUGAUGCUAAGGAGGGAUGGGUGGCAAGUCAUUACAAAUUAGAGUCCAAACCUAUUGAAUUAACGAGGCACUUGGAGGUGGUUGAUUUUUUCGCAAACUAUAUGAACUCCAAUUUGAGUAGGAUUUCAACGCUGGUACGUGAAACUUACCAUAAGGACGAUGUUUUCUUGAGAAGAUACACCCGUUAUAAGCAAUUUGUUAUGUUCGAAUUAAGCGACGGAACAUUCCAAUUUAACUUUAAAGAUCAUAAUAAGUUUGCAUUAUCACAUGGUGGUAAACUUCUAACUUUUAUUUCUCCCGAUAGGAAAACCGUUACACUGCAACUAUCAAGGGUUUUACUUGAUGGUUAUGUUAAUGGGUUCCCUAGUAUUGAUAUAUUCGAGAAACUAGAGUUGAUGAAAGAAGGCUUAAGGGACAAAGCUAGCGUGUUAUCCAUUCAUUAA